CAAUACCAUGAACUCGAGUGAGCUCGUGUUAAAUCUACCGGAAAGUCCAAAAACGCCUGUGGGGAUGCACAUCUAUCAUUUGAAAGGCUUCGAUCCUGAUGGGGAUGAAUUGACGUUUGGGGUCCGUAGUCAUCCAGACAGCGACGUGAUAAGGAUCGAGAGAUCAACUAUCAGCUCAUCCUACAUUGUGUUAAACAAACCUCUUGACUGGGAGACAAAAAAAACGUACGAACUAAUCCUGACACUAACGGACGGCAAGCUGAGCGAGCGCAACUUCGUCGCGCUGCAUCUAACAAUAAUCGUGAUUGAUAUAAACGACAAUGCGCCAAUUUUCAAGCCACACCCGACGAAUAUUCAAAUACGCGAAGACAGCAAACCUGGUAGUAUCCUGAUGGUCGUACACGCUACGGAUCUCGACGAGGGACGUCACGCAAGAGUGAACUACAGUUUGAAAGAAAGCGAAGGGGAUAACGACAUUUUUUCGGUCGAUCAGAAAGGCAUCAUCAGGCUUGAGGCUAGACUGGACUACGAGAGGAAGUCUCGCUAUCAGCUGACCGUCCUGGCAAAGGACCAACCUUCGAACGAGUUGGAUGUCAAAACUGGAACGACGGUGAUACUCGUCCAGGUAAAAGAUGUGGAGGACCAACCUCCUGUGUUCACAUCUUUGAUACCUGUUUCGCGAAUAAGCGAGGAUGCGCCGAUUGGCACUUCGGUCUUGCAAGUACGGGCCAUCGAUGGCGACAGGGGAAUAAAUAACUCCAUAGCUUACAGUUUAACCCGGAGCCCGAAGCGUCUCUUCGACAUCGAUUCAACAUCGGGAACGGUAUUCACGAUAGGUCGACUGGACCGCGAGGAUCCCUACAACAUUGAUAGCUUCCUGAUCCUUGAGAUAACGGCUAAAGAAAUAGGAUCAUCCGUGGUACCCGAGCCCUUCACUUCCGCAGAGGUUACGAUUCAUGUAGAGGACGUGAACGACGAGACACCGACUUUUCGCGAUUCCAGUUACGAGCUCGAGAUCAUUGAAAAUGCACCGUACAAUACACCUCUUACGUUCGUCGAUGGUAAUGCCGUAGCUGAAGUUUUCGAUCAUGACUUGGGGGAAAACGGUACCUUUACAUUGACAAUCGAAGGGGACGACGGUAUUUUUGAAGUCAGUCCUUCGCAGGGCAGAAAUGAUAUUCCAUUCCAGAUAAAAGUAAAAAACUCCUCGAAACUCGAUUUUGAGAUCAGACAAGAGGUAAUUUUUACCCUUGUAGCCAGAGAAACAGUUGCUGAUGAACCUAAGCAGAGCAGCGUCCCCGUAAGAGUACAUGUAAGGGACCAAAACGAUAACUAUCCAGAAUUCGAGUAUACGAUUUACAAUGUUUCGAUACCUGAAAACCCUCCGUUUACCGCGAUUGUUAUUGAGGCUCGGGCGACUGACUUGGACAGCAACUUUUUUGGCACAAGAGGUAUCAAAUACACCAAUCUCAUCGGUAGUAUCGCUGACGCGUUAUCUCUUAAUUCCAACACGGGCUUAAUAACUAUAAAAAAGCCGGGCCCCGCUUUCGAUAGGGAACGCUUCACUCGCCACUACUUGACCAUCGAGGCUAGCGAUGAGUUAGGUCGGGGUAACAGAAACACUGCCCAGCUGAUCAUCAACAUCGUCGACGUUAACGACAAUCGUCCAGUAUUUUUGCAAAACAGUUACGAGGCUGUGUUGAAAGAAAACGAGUGGACAUUCGAGAAGCAGGUGAAAGUCCAGGCCAUAGAUGACGAUCAAGGCGAAAACAGCAGGGUAGUCUAUUCGAUCGAAGACGGAAAAUACUCUCGUAAUUUUGUGAUCGAUCCAGAGAAUGGCACCGUUUUCCCCAUUGGACCAAUGGACUUUGAGGCUUUGCCAAGAGAUAGGUCAGAGAGUUCCCAAAGGCAGAUCCUGUUGUAUGUCCUAGUGACAGAUUGCGGAACACCUAAUCAAACAUCCGUGGUUCAGCUCAGGGUCUAUUUUAACGACUUGAACGAUGAAAAGCCCCGGUUUCUAGACCAACCCUACAAAACAACUGUCAAGGAAACUGAAAUCGGAGGCACGAGUAUUUUACAGGUAAAAGCUCAAGAUGACGAUCUAUCCUCGCCCAAUAACAAAAUCACGUACAGAAUGGUGGAAGGAUAUGGUAAAUUUGUCAUACAUCCCGUGACUGGUUGGAUCAAAGUGGCACCAGGCGCAAAUCUGGAUCUGGGAGACACUCCCACGACGGAAUAUAAGCUGUCAGUGAUAGCCAUGGACAAUGGCAUCGAAAUACAAAACGAAGUCAACACUACCGUCCUAGUGAAAAUUUCGGAUGUGAACAAUAAACCACCUGUUUUUAUAAAUCCUGGCGUCAUUAAUAUUAAGGAAGACACUCUCAUCGGAACUUACAUAUUAAAUGAUGUAAUAGCUCACGAUCCGGACACGACGUCGUAUCUGCAUUACAGAAUCGUUGCAAGUUCAUCGGAGGCACGAAGCGAAAACGGCUCGUUGAUUCCUAAAGAUAAAUACAAUUACCUCGCGCAUUUCAAGAUUGAUAAGGACAAUGGAUCCAUUCAGAUCGUCAAGGUAUUGGAUAGAGAAAUAUUCGAUACGAUGAAGCUUGGAAUUGCGGUCGAUGAUUUGGCUGGCGAAACGGGCGGUCAGAGCACAUAUGCCACUUUAGACAUAAUCGUAGAAGACGUUAACGAUAAUCAUCCAAAAUUCUCCCAUCCACUCUAUAAAUAUUACGUUACCGAGAAUAGUAAAAAUGGCGUGCGUAUUGGUAAUGUACUAGCAUAUGACGCUGAUAAAGAUCGUGAAAUCACUUACGCAUUUAACGACUCACCCGACGUCUUCCCACUGAUCAAUCUGGACUCGAAAACUGGAGAAAUGACUGUGGCAGGACACAUAGAUAGAGAAAAAUAUUCAUGGCUUAAUUUUACUGUUAAAGGUUCUGAUUCUGGAAGUCCGCCAAAGUCUAGUUUGGUGCCAGUAUUUGUUCAAGUAAUCGACGAAAAUGACAACAAUCCGUAUUUCAUGACCACUACGGAUAAUUUUACUGUACCUGAAAAUGCAAAAGUUGGCACCAGAGUAGCUGUAAUUACAGCUCUAGAUCGCGACGAGGGUGACUAUGGAAAAGUCACCUACGUGCUCGAUAAAAGGCUUGCAGAGGACAAGUUUGCGAUCAAUCCAAACAAUGGUUCGAUAGUAGUGAUUGGUACACUGGACCGGGAAACCAAGGAUAAAUAUACGCUUAGUAUCGAAGCUCGGGAUAACUAUCCAUCCACGUAUGCUGAAGACACAUCUCGGAAACAGACCAUGCAAAUCACGGUAGAGGUUACGGACGUGAACGACAAUGUACCAACGAUCAAGGUGCCCGAAAAGUGUGUGACCAUUGGGGAGGACUACGAUAUCGAGAAUGAUAUUAUUACCAUGACAGCUCAUGAUGAUGACGAUAAUCGUACGCCGAAUGGAAAAACGAACGUUUUAAUUGUCCGUGGGAACGAGAAUGGCUACUUUACACUUGUACAACCGGAUUUCUGGACGGUCAAACUGAAAGCGUCGGAUUCUCUACGAGAUAAGGUCGGAAAAUACGAGAUGCAACUUGAAGUGCAGGAUUUAGGUGAGCCACCACUCAAAACUCAAGUGACUCUGAAAGUCUGCGUUACCGAUAUCAACGAUCAUGCUCCGAUUUUUACGAGACCACAAGACAAUAUAAUCAAAGUGUCAGAGAACGAAACAAUUGGUGUGGAAAUUGUUCAAGUCGAGGCGAUAGACAGCGAUUUCGGAAAAAAUGGCGACGUUCGAUACGAACUGAAACAAGAUAUAGCUGGACACUACAAGUCGUUUGCGAUUGAUGAAAAAAGUGGGAGGAUUUAUUUGAAACAGAUAUUAGAUAGGGAAACUCAAAAAUCAUACGAGAUUCAAAUAAUAGCCCGCGAUUUGGGCGAACCGGUGAACUUGAGUUCCAAUCUGGACAUAAUUAUUCAUGUGCAAGAUGAAGAUGACUUUGAACCUGAAUUCGAAACAAAUAUUUAUAACACAAGCUUUACAGAGGGUAAAAUUGACGAGAUAGUAGUCCUGCCGGACGCGAUAGACAAGGAUGAGGUCGACGAGCUCGAUUUGACCAAAAUUUGUUAUUACAUAGUCGGAGGCAACGAUGAGCAACUAUUUGAGCUUGACAAAUACAACAACACGCUCACGGUUACCAGAGAACUGGAUAGGGAAGCAAGAGAAUCUUACGAGAUAGUUGUAAAAGCAACUGAUAACUGCAACAUGAUUCAGCCCGUAAAACAAGAUUUUUAUGAAAAAGACCCUACGCUGUUGAAAGUCGUUGUUACCGUGACUGAUGUUAACGACGAAGCACCUCACUUUGUCAGACGAGUUUUUACCGGAGGUGUAACGACAGAUGCAGACUUUGGAACCGAAUUCAUGCAUGUUCAGGCAAAAGAUUCGGAUAGCGGUGAAAAUGCGAUCGUUAAAUAUUACCUGAUUGGUAAAAUACUAAUGACUCUGUCGGAAGGCUUCGAUAAUUUCCAUCUACAGCCAUUUUUAGUCGACGAGAACACUGGCGCAAUAAAGUUAAAUUUCGAUCCUCAACGCGGAAUGAAAGGAUACUUUGAUUUCACGGUUCUAGCAAACGACACCCACGGACUGAACGACACGGCGAAGGUCUUUAUCUAUUUGUUGCGGGAAGAUCAGCGAGUCAGGUUCGUUUUGAGGCAGCACCCUUCCGAAAUUCGUAGUAGAAUUGAGCACUUCCGAGAAGUUCUAGGCAACGUAACAAAUUCGAUAGUCAACGUCGACGAGUGCAAGGUGCACGCAAAUCAAGACGGCACGGUCGAUCGCACGCGCACCGAUCUUUACCUGCACUUUGUGAGACGUCAGGACAAUUCGAUUCUCGAAGUGUCCGAAAUCUUGCAGCUGGUGGACCGCAACAUCGAGGAACUCGAUGGUCUUUUCAAGGACUUCAACGUGCUGGACACGCAGCCAGCCGAACCGCAGUCACUGACACAAUCCCAACAAGCUAGCACUACCAUUUGGCUAUCCAUACUGACGGUCUUCCUUACAAUCAUGCUAGCUAUCUGUAUUUUCUUGUGCAUGUGGCAAAAGUCGUCGUACGAGAGGCAGUUGAAAGCCGCGAAUGCCAAUCCGUUUGUGUUAUUGACAUGGCUUGUCGUUUCAGAUCCAGAUUUUCCAAGGGGACCCGGACAAGUUCCAAAUACGAACAAGCACUGCGCCGAGGGCUCGAAUCCAAUCUGGAUGCACGUCUACGAAAACGAGUGGUUCAAAACGGAAGGUGUCGCCAGGUAA